AUAGCUGAACCAUAUGAACACACGUACGCGCCGUACAGCCCCCCUCGUCUCUGACUACAGAGGAAAACGGCUGGGACACCGAUAGCGGCAUCUCUCUUCAAAAAAACAACGGGGAGAACUGACUGUGUGGUUCAGUUCAGACCAGUUGGCAUCCGGUGAGGGGCACAACAUGGCAGCUGUGGAGUCUUUAGCUGGACGAGGUACGAUGCAGCACAGAGCAGAGGGAGUGGAUGAUUUGAUCUACAUGCAGUGCUGUGGACAGGAGGAUGUGAAUAUUGAUGAAAAACAUAGCCAGAGCACCGUCUUCCUUCAGGCCGCUACCUCCUCAGCUCACCACACCGCUCCACCAACCCGCCCAGCACCUUCAGACGUGGACAUAAGCCACAGUUAUAGGAGUCCUGAGUCUGUGGAAAUGGACGAGAUUAUGGCCGCAAUGGUGCUCACCAGUCUGUCCUGUAGUCCAGUGGUCCAGAGCCCCCCACAGAGGGACCUCCUGCCAACUGCAGCUGGAGACAUGGAAUGUGGAGGGGGAGAGCUCUCUGACAGUGGCAGCAGUGGCUACUGGAGCUGGGACCAUGGCAGUGUAAGCCCCGCCCCUUCUCCUUCUGUCACUGAUACUGACGGAAGCCUCGGUCAACCAGCAGAUGAAGGCCUCCAAAUGGAACAGGAUCAAGGGUCAUGUGACGAGACUGACGUCAGGAGGUCUAAGACUUCCAGCAGGGGGGCAUACAGGUGUUUGUGGCCUAACUGUGGGAAGGUGCUGACAUCACGUGUUGGGAUGAAACGGCACAUCUGCAUUCUCCACCUGGGUGGUGGCUCCGAUCAGUCCCAGAGGGAGGAGGACUUUUACUAUACAGAGAUCUCCUCAGAAGAGGAGGAUCACGCUCCAUGCUCUCCUGCUCCUUCGUUCUCCAGCGGAGCCUGGUCCUCCUGCAGCUCCUCACAUGGGCAGCCCACCCCCGGUCCCCACGGCACUUCAGCUCAGUCCAGCCCACUCAGCCAGUCUGCCCCUAGCAGCGUGUGGCAGAUCCACACAGAACAUCUCUACCAGGCAUGUGCACCCAUCCAGGUAACUGUGUCCCCAGGGUCGCCAACAUCGUGCGGCUGGACUCCGCCCAGUGAGCUCCAGCAGAGACCUCAGGUCCCCUCGUCUCGCAGCCGAUCAGUCAGCGUCGGAGAGCAGUGGUUGCAGCGCAACAGCGCCCCCACCAGAUCACAGACCAUGAGUGCAUCUCCCUCCAGAGGCCACUGCUCAUUCAGGAAAGGCAGAGGUGAGGCCAAAAAAUGCCGGAAAGUAUACGGCGUGGAACGUCGGGAACAGUGGUGCACCGCAUGCCGUUGGAAGAAAGCAUGUCAGCGCUUCCCUGACUAAAAAAACAAACAAAAAAAAAGAGGAAAAAAAGACUUUUGGAGAGAAGGGGGGAGUCUCCAUUUUUUUCUUCCUUCUUCUGACUAUUUCUGACACUGUAGUAAACAUCAAGAAACCCAUUUUUCCUGUUUUUUUUGUUUUUGUUUACCUGCUUUUGAUUUCCCACAAGAGUAAAAGUGUUUUGUUUUUGUUUUUUUUUAUUUUAUUUUCCCUCUAAGUGAGCACUGAUGCUGAUUGUGCAAUGUGGUAGGCCCCCUGAUCCUUUUUUUUUUGGGCAAACUUAGCCUUCACACAAAGUUUAAAGUGUCACACGUUUAUGGAAAGUGUUGUUUCUCCUCCCUAUGCUACUCUUCAGCCUCACCUGAGAUUAUUUAAGUGGUUGUUAUUUUAGUGUAUUGUAAACAAUAUAUUGACCUAAACUUUUUUAUGGUUUUUUUUUUUUUCUACUGUCUUUUUGUUUGUUAGCCUGAAAGGUCUCAUGUCAUGUAUGGUCUGUAUUAUUUUUUUAAGUAUUUACUCGGAUGUAUGGAGUACA